UUCUCCCUUAUUGAUUAGUUGCGGAAGUAAAGGAACCCUUCAAGCCUUCCCAUGCUCUCUGUUGACAUGGACAACAAGGGAAAUGGCUGUGUCGGUGUAAAAAAUUCCAUGGAAAAUGGACGGCCUCCCGAUCCUGCAGACUGGGCUGUGACAGACGUCGUCAAUUAUUUCCGAACAGCAGGAUUUGAGGAGCAAGCCAGUGCUUUUCAGGAACAGGAAAUUGAUGGAAAAUCCCUGCUCUUGAUGACGAGAAAUGACGUGUUGACAGGACUUCAGUUAAAAUUGGGGCCUGCUCUGAAAAUCUAUGAGUAUCAUGUAAAGCCUCUUCAGACGAAGCAUUUAAAGAACAGCUCUUCAUAGUAAAAUGAAAUUGAGGUCUCAGUCCUCAAAACAAAAUACACAAUGAUGUAAUUUA